AUGUUUGCAGACCUGAUCUUGGAGUCUCUGGCAACUUGCCUAGCUUUCUUCUUCAUGACUUCCCCCUUGACUCAAGCGAUUGACGUUAUCGGAACACCGGCGAAAGUGAAGCACAUCAACCCGGCGAAUCUCUUGGGCUUCUUCCUGAACUGCAUGACCCAGCUGGGCUACGGGAUCUUUAUGCCAAUACCCCCAAUGAUCCGAUGCAAUGUCUACGGCGUGGCCGUAGGGCUUUUCAGCAUCGCGACAUGCUGGUACUUCGCUCUGGGGACUGCGAAUGCAGAGCGGUGGAACGCGCAGGCCUGCGUUGGCACCAUUUCGGUGUUCGCGUUAUCUGGCUUGAUCUUCGCAUAUGCUGGGCUGGGAGGUGAAGGGGCCGCCGCGAGGGUUGGUAGUCUGGGCAUCCUUGUGUCUAUCAUCAUGUAUGCGGCUCCCCUCUCGGUCUUGCGAGAGGUUCUUCAAACAAAAUCUUCGAAAGCCUUGCCGGGCCCGCAGAUCUUCAUGGGCUUCCUGAACAGCCUUUGUUGGUUCGCUGUGGGCAUUCGCCGUCAGAAGAUGCCGGUCUGGGUUCCCAACGUGAUCGGGAUGCUCCUGUCGCUCGCUCAGCUAGCGCUGAUCUUGAAGUUCCCAGACAGACCAGAGAGCGUCGAGGAGCAAAGAAAGGAUGAUGCUUUGCUUCUUCCCGUCGCACUCGUGAACGGCGCGAGAAGCUUCCAGAAUGCCGUGUCCAGCGGGAAGGCGAGUCCGCUUCCUCUAGAGAAGCCCUCAUCUCGCUGUACAGAACCAAAGGCAUGGACGGCGGGUGCAGCAUCGUCAGUUCGCAACCUCUCCUCCGAUGAUGAGAGUCAGCGAAAAGAGAUGGUUCCUGCCUUGCUUUCUGCCAGCGAUCGGUUGGCCGAUGCUAGGCUGCACCAGGCAUGCUUUGUGCCGUCCUCUGAGCUCGGAGCCGGAAGACUUCCAAGUGAGAGCAGCAAAGACAGUCGCGGAGAGGCGGCAGGGGCUCUGGGAGGGGUGGUGGUCGGAAUACCGGGUUUUGGCAGCAGGUCUGGCCGCGAAGGCAAGCAAGAUCGGCCUGGCCCUUGA